CAAAGUCUGGCGGCCUCCAUCAGCUGGCCGCCCUCCGUCCCGCGCCACCCGCGGACCUGUCACCGAUGCAGAUAUAUUAUUUCCUUAUUCACCGUGCAGGACAGGCGGAGGGGUGUCCAGAAGGAGGUUGUGUUGAGUUCAAGUACCGAUGACCUCAAAAAAUAGUAUGUGUCCAAGGAUGAGAGAAGGGGAAGUAUGAGUAACCAUUAUGUCAUCUUUGAACCCUGGAAAUGAUCCCCAAGAAGCUUCAACAUCAGCAGGAAGUAAUAUCAAAUCUGGCUUUAUUGAUGUUACCAAAAGACAGCAAGAAAAAAGCUCAUCAACAUUUUCUAAGGCUUUUACCAACCUGAAGAAAUCUGAAUUUUAUGAAGAACCACCAGCAGAAGCAGAGACAGCAACAGAGCAGAAACAGAAAGCGACAAACAAACCUCCAUCCAAAAACACUGUUGUUGUUAAUCCAAAACAAAGAGGGAACCCAAUACUCAAGUUUAUACGCAACACUCCCUGGGAAUAUGGAGAAAUCGUACCUGACUAUGAAAUGGGGGCGACCACCUGUGCCCUGUUUCUCAGUAUCCGUUACCACAACCUGAACCCAAAUUACAUUCAUGACAGAUUAAAGCAGCUCGGCCAUCAGUAUGAGCUCAGGGUUCUCCUGGUGCAGGUUGAUGUUAAGGAUCCACACCAUGAGCUAAAGCAGCUGACAAAGAUAUGCAUAUUAGCCGACUUGACCCUCAUGCUGGCGUGGAGUCCAGAAGAGGCGGGACGAAUCAUAGAAGUCUACAAAAUAUAUGAAAACAAACCACCAGAUAUGAUCAUGGAAAAGCAAGACUCAAACCCAUAUUCCAUGGUUAUUGAUGCUUUAACUUCAGUGAGGAGCAUCAAUCGCACUGAUGCAAUGACGCUCAUGUCAACCUUUGGCUCACUGGAGAAAAUAGUAGAAGCAACUGAAGAAGAGCUGUCAUUUUGCCCUGGAAUGGGUCCUCAGAAGGCAGCCAAAUUGCACAGAGUUCUGCACCAAAACUUUAAAAAAUGACUUUAGACAACAGCUUUAAAGAAUAGGUUAAGGAACAAAUUAAUGUUAAGAGAUUUCACAAAAUUGAGCUAAGGUUAAUGUUGCCCAAGAUGAAGUGGGCAAUAAUACUUUUUUAUAUAAAUUAAGUUAAAGAAGGACUUGUUCCUCCAUUUGUAACCAUGCUGGUGUGAAUCUCUGAUCAAGUCAACACCAUUUGAGAAUUCUAUCAUAGGUAUUGUGCGUUGGUCCCCAUAAUUCUGGCACCAAAAACGUAUACAUUUCACUCCUGAACUUUGCAAAAUGCAGAAGGCUGAGGAUUGUUGGCUCCUAGUUUCAGAGACGCAAGCCUCACCACGUGACUUGGUAUAGCAGUGCUGGCAGUGUGGCAAAGGAGAUCCAUCAUAUUCUUGUUACUGCUCAUUGGAGGGUGUUUCAGAACUGUAGGGUUUUCUGGAGGGCUGAGUUCUUUGCAACCAACCUCAGACAUAGUUGCAACACUGAGGCUAUGCAUCAGGUAAAAAAAAAUCUCAAGAUGCAACCCUCUGGGGCUCCAUCUUGAGAAACUGAGACACCAGGUGUGGGCUCAAAAAUAUGUGGCAGUCUGUAAUCAAUUUGAGGUGCUUGGUGCUUUGGAGGACCCUAGGGAGUUGUGGAAUACCUUUAAACGUGAAACACUCAUAGUUACUGAGUGCAUUGGAGAUCAUUCAAGGUCUAGGAGUGGAGUUGCCUCAAGGGAGGAACUGGAGAAUAUAGAGGAGGGUCGUGCUGCCAGGCUGGCUAGUAACUCAAACUUAUACAGGACUCAGUAAGGAAAAACUAGAACUCUUCUGAGGAGGGAUAAGAAAUAUGUCAGAGGGCUCACUGAGGAUGUUGAAGAUUGUCUUAAAGAAACAACUUUAGACCUACCUUCCUUGCUCUGAAGAAGCUCCGCUCCAAAUCCACAUUUCAGACAAGUACUAUCCAAGCGACUGAUGAGCAGAUGUAAGUACUUUUGGCAGGGUACUGUGUUGCAAGACUAAAGAUGCAAGUUUUGUCUCUGGACACCACACUGAGGCUGCUGCUACUACUACUGUACUGUAUGGUGUACUAGAGGUGGUGCUGAGCCUUACCAAACACUACUCCUUGGCCAUGAUGGGGCAGCCACAUGGAGGAGGAGAGCAAGGAUGAAGACAAGAAAGAGGAUAAGAAUGUGAGGAAGGAGGUGGCAGUGGUUGCAGGAAGACAGGCAAAACUGGAACACCCAGGAGAGGGAAGACAAGGAGUCGAGCUGGAGGGAACACUGCGCAGGAUAGCCAUUUGAUCUUCAGCUGAGUGGUGGGUGGAUGGCAGGCAGAUUGAAGACAUGUGAAGAUGUCAUGCCUGGCAGAGCACAGCACGACCCUCCAACAAAGCGUGUGGUCCCUGGCAGAUGUGGCAGCUCUUGAGACAACUCAGCUGGAAGGCAAACUUCAGGAUCCGUAUGUCUGUUGGAAAGAUAGAAGGAAUAACUGUGUACACUGUAUGAAUGACCAAAAAUAAACAUGGGGACAUUUC